AAGCUCCAAGGAAUGGAGUUCGAUCGAGGACGAAGUUUCCUCGAAGUUGUUCUCCGAUCUCCUCUCACCCAAAUACUAUACCUAUAUAUAUAUAGAAGGAUGGAAAUUUCUACAGAGAUGACGAAGACGAGGAAGAUCACCGGCGGCGCAAUCAGACCCUCCGGUGGAGGAGGACGAGGAGGAGGAGGAGGAGGACGACGUCGACGAGAAAGCACCGUCGAAGAAGACCUCUCCCGGCUAAUCACCCUUGCCGAUCGCCUCAAGAAGGUUGCCGCCGACGCUGACUCGUGGAGGGCCGAGUGCUCCCAACUCACUCACCGGGCCGACCUCAUCGCCGCCGUCCUCCGCGCUGUGGCCCGCCGCCUCUCUUCUCUACCCCACCAGCCUCCCUACUCUGCCCCCGUCCGCCGCGUCGCCGCCUCCGCAGACCGCUCUCUCGAUCGCGCCAUCUCCUUUGCUCGCCGCUGCCGCCGACGCCGCCGUCUCCUCCUUCCCUCCCCCGCGGCCCUCCUCCGCUUCCUCAUCCCCUUCGCCGCCACCGGUGCAGCUGACUUUCGCCGCGCCCUCGCCCACCUCGACGCCUCCCUCGCAGACCUCCGCUGGCUCCUCUCCCUCUACCCCUACGACGACGGCGAAGGCGGCGACGCCGCCUCCGUGGGCGUCGGUCUCAGCCUCCCCCCGAUCGCCGCCACCGACCCCGUCCUGUCCUAUGUCUGGACCUUCGUCGCGGCGAUCCAGAUGGCAUCCCGGCCCUCCGACCGCGCGGACGCUGCCCAAUCCCUCGCGAACCUCGCCCGCGAUGGCCAUCGCAACAGGUGGGUCAUCGUCGACGAGGGCGCGGUGCCGCCGCUCCUCGCCCUCCUCGAGGACCGCGACGACGAGGCCUCCCAAUCCGCCGCCGCCGCGGCUCUCUCCAACCUCUGUACCGAUCGUGAGCUCAUCUCCACCGUCGCCGACGCCUUCGCGAUCCCCGUGAUCGUCCAAACCCUCUCCGAUUCGACCUCCACGAGGCUCCAGUCUCAGCUGGCGUCCCUUAUCUCCCGCAUGGCGGCAUUGGACGCCCUCGCCUGUGAGGAGUUCGCGAGGGAGAACGCCAUUCUUCCCCUCGUCGCGCUCCUCUCCUCCGAUGUCCCGCUUGGCGACGACGUUAACACCGCGCCACCCCCAUCCAUGACAGCGUCCCUCUCGACUCGAAGCUCUCGCGUUUCCCUCGCCCAUGGCGGCGGCUACGUCGACGAGAGCCCGGCAGCCAAGCUCGAGCUCAAAACUGCGUGCGCGGAAGCCCUGUGGAUGCUCUGCAAAGGUUCCAUCGAAAGCAGCCGCAGGGUGACCGAGACCGUCGGGCUGCUCUGCCUUGCCAAGCUCAUGGAGACGGAGGAGGACCAGCUCCAGCUCAACUGCCUCAGGACGGUGAUGGAGAUCGCGGCCGCUGCGGAGUCCGACGCCGACCUCCGGGGGUCGGCAUUCAAGAAGAACUCCUCUGUCGCGAAGUCGGUGGUGGAGCAGCUCCUCCGGCUGGCACAGCAGGGGAGAAGCCCGUCGGUGCAAGCAGCCGCCAUCAGGGCUCUAGGGUCAUUGGCAAGGACUUUUCCGGCGCGCGAGGCCCAUGUGCUCCGGCCACUGGUGGCGCAGCUGGGCAACCAGGACUCGGACGUUUCUGCCGAGGCCGCCAUGGCGUUGGGGAAGUUCGCGAGCCCGGACAAUUACCUCUGCGUGGCGCACGCGGCGGCGAUAGUGGAGUUGGAGGGCGUGCGGCCCCUCAUGAGGCUGCUGAGGCCGGGUGAAAAGAGCCAGUUGCCAGGGCUAGUCUUGCUCUGCUGCCUGGCGUCGCACGUGCCGAGACAUGAAGCUUUGGAAAGAGAGAGGGUGUUGCUGACGCUGGAAUCCGUCCGCCGCAGAGCAGUGGCACGGCACCCUUCCCUCGAGGAGCUGCUCCCGAGAGCCAUUCGUCAGCUGCAGCUAUACGGACAUGAAGCACAAAGUUACAUAGGCUUCGAGAGGUAGCCAUUUUGUUACACAAGCACAAAGUACAGUUUCGAGGAGGGGUACAAUAUCCACGUCCAUUUUGUA